AUGCCUCCACAAGACGACGACGAAGAAGACUACAUGUCAAUGAUAAUCGAAGAACCCACACAAAAAGAGACCUUUGCGCAGAAGAAGCGCCGCCAACAACGAGAAGCAGAAGCCCGCGCCAAAGUCCCCUCGAAAGCCGAACUCGCCGCCCGCGAAGCCGCCCGCCGCGACGAAGCCCUCGCAAAAAGCACGCUCGACCCAUCCAACAAGGGAUUCCAGAUGAUGGCGAAGCUAGGGUUCAAACCGGGGCAGACACUGGGGAAGCGCGCGGCGCCUGCGCCCGAUGGGGACGGCGCCGGCGGCGAGGGGGGCGAGGGCGAGGGCGAGGCACCCGACGCGAAGCGAGGCCGAGCAGAGCCACUAAACCUCGUGUUCAAGGAAGACCGCGGGGGCAUUGGCCUGGACAGCGAGAAGAAGCGCAAAUUCCGCGAAGAGGCGGAGGCGGCGGCGGCGAAGGUGCAGCGCGAGGAGGGCGAUUACCGCGACCGGGUGCGGGAGGAGCGGGAGACGCGGCGGGCGGAGGGGCAGUUCCACGCUGCGCAGAAGGUGGCGGAGCGGUUGGAUGCUGAGGCGGAGGCGGAAGAUGCAAAGGAUGGAGCGGAGGGUCAGAAAGGAAAGGUCAGGCCGACGUCGCAGAUCAACAUCUUAUACCGGGGGCUGGUGCGCGAGCGCGAGGAGAAAGAGCGUGCGAUCCAGACGCGCCAUCUGCUGCAGACGUCGCUGCCGACGGCGUUCUUCCCCAGCCCGCGGCUGCCGGGGUAUGAGGAUGACACGCUGGAGAAGGAGGACAAGACGGCGCUUGGCGGAGACAAGCCGGAUCUGUCGACGAUCCUCGAGCAGGAGGUCGAGCAGGAGGAUCCGGAGCUGGACGAGUUCAAUGCGCUGGAGCCCGGGGAGCGGCUGGCGCGGAUUGUGCAGUAUCUGCGGGAGAAACACCGGUAUUGCUUCUGGUGCAAGUACCGCUACGAGACGGACGAGAUGGAGGGGUGUCCUGGGGUGACUGAGGAGGAUCAUGAUUAA